AUGCUCAAAACCUGUUGCUCCGAAGACAUCGAGCUGAAAUUCGAUCGAUUGUGUUUGAAUCGAAUUGGAUUCGGUGGAUUCGCGCAAGUUUUUCACAUUUUCUACAAGGAAAAGGAUGCCGUGUUGAAGCAAUUGAAAGAGCCCGAUGAUGAUAAAGGUGAGCCGGGGUACUGUAGGUUUUCGCGCGCCAAUUUUCCGAUCAUUUUGAGACCAAACAUGACUGGGUUACUGUAGAAUUCACUAGGUUACUGUGGAAAUUGGGUUAUAGUAGAAUUUUUUCGCUUCGAAACCCUGAGCUUCUGAAGCUCUGGGUUACUGUAGAAAUUGAAUACUGUAGAUUUUUUCGCUUCAAAACCCUGAGCUUCUGAAGCUCUGGGUACUGUAGAUUUCAAAAAAUUACCGUAUCGCAGCCAAAAACCACAUGUUUUUGGGUCAUUUUUCACGGUGUAUAAAUUUUCCAAUAAAAAAUUUGUUUACCACAACCACAAAGUUGUUGUUGUUUUGGUUUUUAAACAGUAAGUUCCGGGGUCUACAGUACUCCUGGAGUACUGUAGAUACAGUAAGCGAAGAAUAUGACAAAUGAAUUUCAAUUAAAAUGUGAAAUGUGAAAAAAAAUCAACAAAACAUCAAAUUUUUUCUCAAAUUUUUUCCCAAAAAAACUCACAUUUCUCCAGUUUUCCUCGAAAUUCGGGAAUCAUUUGACCAAAAAAAUUUUCCUCAUAAAUUGUUUUGAAAUCUCCCACGAUUUUCCUGUAAAAUAGAAGAAUUAGCAAAAAUGUAAGAAAAAUGUACAUUUUUUUCAUAAAAAAGCUCUUUAAGCACCAAUUUUACUAUAAAAUAUCGAAAAUUACUAGGAAAUGAAAAAAAUUUGAAUUUUUCAUCGAAAAAACCACGAAAAAUGAAAAAUCUCCUCGACAAACAAAAAAAACAAGAAAAUAAAAGUAAAAAUGGAAGCGCGCCCCAUUGAUAAAAAUAGAAUGUCUCGCACUCUCUCCAUUCUCCACACUUUCUCACCUCCUCGGCGUCCUUAUGGCGUUCCUGUCUGUUUUUUUUUACUAUUGAUUUCUUCUUUUUAUUUCUAGGUUACUAGUAUUCUCCCUGGGAAAAGCAAAGCUUGAAAGACUCUCAGGGUUCCCAAAGUUCAUACAUUAUUUAACGUGUCUCUUUUAAAAUCCGGGGGGGGGGGGUUCCCAUUUUUAAAAAUCCCCAAAAAAUACAAUAGGCGAGCAGCGUGUUUUCUAUUCUGCAGCGCCUUUUCGCGUCAGCGCGUAAGAUUAAAUGUUUGCGGACCAGUUGGUGUUGACACACACUUUUAAUUUUUUCGUUCUUUCUUUAGGUUUGGGAUCUAGGUUAUGCUUUAGGUUACCUAGGUUUAGGUUAUUUAGGUUUAGGUUAUUAAGGUUGUUCUUUAGGUUACUUAGGUUAUUUAGGUUUUUUUAGGGCUAAACGCUACAGAAAAGGCCCCCACAUUAAAAAAGUUUUUAAUAAAAAAUUAAAAUGAUUUUUUCGCCAAUUUUUUUUUCUAUGUAAAAAACAAUUUUAUACUUUCAAUUUUUUCGCGGGUAGGUCAAAAAAAGUUUUUUUUGUGAUUUUUCCUAAAAAUUUUUAUUUUCGCUCAUUUUUUCCUCAAAAAUAUGCAAAUUUUUUUUUGAAACAGUGAAAAUUUUCCUAUUAAAAAUCUGUAUAUCUACAGUACCCAAUAAUUACUGUAGCUUUUUUUUUUCCAAUUACUAUAGGUAAAUCAAAAUUAGGCUCUGAAAAUUCAUCUACAGCAAAUAUUGGACACCCUAAGGAUACUGUAGAUCUAAAUUCCACGUGGGAAAAGAUACAGUAACCCUAACAGCUCCCUUUAAAGAAUUGCCGAUUACUGUAGGUCAACAUUUUCUACAGUACCCAAUGAUUACUGUAGCUGCAGAUCACUAAAAAUAUAUCAAAAUUAGGUAACUUUGGGAUACUGUAGAUGAAAAUCUCAGCUACAGUAACCCUACAGUAAUCCGAAAUUCCUGCAGAUUUCGCAAAAUUGCGAAUUGAUUACUGUAGCUUGUGUAAAAUGGUACUGUAGAUCAAAAUUUAGAGCUAAAAAUGAAUGUAGAUACAGUAAUUUUUUAAAAGCCCUAGGAAUACUGUAGUUCCAAAUUCCACGUGGCAAAACUACAUGAUUAUUGUAGCUGCAGAUAACUGUAGGUAGAUCAAAAUUAGGUAUUUUGAUAACCCUAGAUUGUUUUUUUGGGAUACUGUAGAUGAAAAUCCCAACUACAGUAACCCUACAGUAAUCUUGCAGCUCUCGCAAAAAUGCUCAACGAAUGCGAAUUGAUGUUUUUGUUGGGCCCCCACGCGAACAUCUGUCAAUGUUACGGUAUUCUCCACAAAGACCCGAUAUUUUCGAGUGGAAUUGUGAUGGAAUAUUGUGCGGGUGGAGAUUUGCAAAAUCUGAUGGAAAAGCUGAAAAUUGAGGAGAUUCUGGUGGAAACUAUGACUGUUUUGGGAUGGUGUCGACAGAUUUCGGCAACGAUGCAAUAUGUUAGUCAGAAGAUUGUGCAUGCCGAUUUGAAACCGAUGAAUAGUGAGUUGAGGGGGGUACUGUAGGGGUUUUUUAUCAUCGAAUUCUGAUCAUUUUGAUAUUAUCAACGUCAAAGUGGCUGGCACCGAAAUGAGAAAAUAAAUUCAAAAACCCGUUUUCGCGGGGAUACCGUACACACAAGCACGCCCCUCUUUUCGCUGCGAGAUAUCGCAGUUGGGUAAAUCGGUGCGCCUUUAUUUCAAUCGAUUUUUUUGUUUUUUACGCAAAACCGGCGUUUAACUUGGAAACGUCGAGUAUUACUAGCUAUUUAUCGAUGAUUUAGGCAGCAUACGACAUCUGGAGAAAGAAGGUAAGACUUUUCAGUCGAAUUUCCAUUGAAAAAUCAUGAUUUUCAGGAUUUCCGCCAAAAUCAACCAGAUCUUCGCCAAUUUCGCCGAAAAUCAACCGGAUUUCAUCGAUAUGUUCAACAAAAGCUGCAAGAGCAAACUCUUCCAGGUUCAGGUGAGAAUGUUCAUUUGAAUUUUCAUGAAAAUGUGAAGAUUUUCAGGUUUAACAGCAACAACUUCGGGAAUUUCGCCGUUAUUUCGCUCAACAUUUGCAUUUUUAAUAAUUACCUGA